CCCCCCCCACCCCCUGUCAGUGGCCGGGCAGGGCCUCCUGGACCGACCAGCCGCCGCUCCAGCACUCAGGCUGUGGGCUGCUCCAGCCAUGGGGACCAUGGAGACCUUCUUCCUACUCAGCGCCCUGCUCCUGUCGCCGGCUGAGGCCCAGCAAGCCUCCAAGCAUCGCCUGAAACCAUGGUUGGUGGGCCUGGCUGCGGUCGUGGGGUUCCUGUUCAUCGUCUUUCUCCUCAUGCUGGCCAACCGCAUCUGGUGCUCGAAAGUCAGAGCUGAGGAUGAAGAGUACACACUGAGAACGGAUACCAACGUGUACGAAGAUGUGGACCCAAGUAAAGAAGGCAAGAAGAGGAAGACAGAGAAGGAGAAAAAGCUCAAGAUGGAGAAGAAGGCCAGAAAGAAAGGAGAGAGGAGCUUGGGGAUGGAGGUGGAAGAGAACGGGGAGCCCAGGGACCAGGAGAAAGUCAGGAGCACAGCCAUGUGAAAACAGCUCGCCACCUCCUCCAGGCAGCCCCCUCGAGCUGCCCCUUCCACACCCUAGAGGCAACGACCUGGACCUGAGGCUGCUGCAGUGACUCCGCCUGGGGCUGAGAGCACAGCACCCUGGAUGAAGAGGCUUGGGACCUACCCCCCCCCAAAGGAGGGCUCUUUGUGCGUGAUGUGGUCUCUAUGUACCCGGUUUCCUGAUGUGUUCUGCCUGCUGAUUUUUCUUGCACUUGGAGACCAUCCCUGGUUACUGAGGAUCCCCCACGCCCCCGCAAUCUCAUGGCUCCACCUGCCUCUACCUACUGCCUGAGCUCUUUCCCCACUGCCUCAUAUCUAUUGGCCAGAACCCCCUCCCUCCCACUCAGUCUCAGGACCAGUAUCAGCCAGGGGCUGUCUCUCCGGGAAAAGCCCUUCAGAAGGGUUUCCAUAAUCCCUUAGGACUUAGCUUCCUCUGGGGAAGACAGCUUUAGGGGUGGGGGCAAUGCCCAGGCAGGCAUGGGAGACCAAACUCCACGGCGCCCAGAUGCCCUGUGCAGAUUAAACUCUCCCCCUGCAAUCUUAAUUCUUCUGUCCUAAGCCCUGGACUUCGAGCCCCAAGGGCCAUCUCCUAGGUGAUCCUUGCUCCUCCUGCCCUCAGUGUUUUGGCUCACGUGACUCCGUUUAUGAGAACUGGGUCUUGGAGGGCGGGGUGCCCGAGGGUGCACUACCUUGGGAAGAGACAAGCACUCUCGCCUCCCUCUCUCCAGCCUCCCCCCUCUCCUCACUUUCUCUGGGCCCCGGACCUUGUCCUGGACGUUAACCAUUGCCUAGUGAGAACUUUGACAAAGGCUGGCACUUGGGGCUUCCUUGUGGAGCUUGUAGCUGGGGUUGGUAGGAUUCAGCCCAGAAGGUAGGGAGCUUCUGUCUGGGAACAUCUCCAGGAUUGUCCACCAGGGGGCGGAAAAACCAUAAAUAAAAGAAACGUAAUAAACGCCCUAAUAGAUGCUCCCAUGGAA